CAACGCUAUCAUGUCUUAAGUUCACGUAAUUGUGAAUCCAUUUGAUUGGCAGACAAUUAUGAAAACUAUUAAAUUUUCUAAAGUUUUACAAUCAAUGACUAAACUCUUGAUGCACUCAUUUGGUUGUGUUUUCUUGUAUUGAUAUGUAAUUUGAAUCAACUCUUCAACUCUUCAAUGAUUAUGAACUCUAAUGUUGUUUACGGAGCGAGUGUUUGUCAUAACGGCUCCGCAACCAGUGAUUACCAGAACUACCACCACAACCAUCCAGACCUGGCUUACUAUCAGGCUUCCAACGAAUUGUCCGCCUCGUCCAGCACUGGUAUCAUACCCGGAGCCACACCGACUGCUAGCCAUUAUGCGUCCACUCUUCACAUGUCAGCACCGGUGCAUCAGUUCGGCGACGGAAUUAUCAACGAAACCAAUGGAUUGAGUUAUACUAAUCUGGACACCCAGUUGUCUCAACCCAAUUAUGCCACUAAUCCAGUCCCACCACAUCAUCAAAGACUUAGUCAUUAUAGUGAUGCCCGUACGGGCUCUAUCGUAGCACAAGGACCCCCAUUAGGCCCACCUGUAGCUCAAGGCCCGCCACAACUAUCAGUCACACCAUCACAUCAAAGCUAUUCUCAUCAAUACAGGGAUUUUCCGCACAGCGAUGGCGGCCAGCUAUCGGGUGGUCAUCAGGAUAUGUUGUCUGCACUGUCAGACUGUGCCGUUAGGACUGGCAUUUCAGGCGCCCCAACGACAACACCGCAAUACCCAACCUAUUUGGACACAAGUUUGUUGACUCGACGGAACGGUAGUUCUGGACACCAGACGAGUAUCCAUUCGGGACAUUAUAGUGACGCUCAGCCAUUUGCGGACAUGACAUGCGGUCAGUUGAACGGCACAGCUUACCAUCUCAACCAUUUGGCAUCACAUCUGCACCACUCGCCACACCAUCCCCAUCAUCACCACCAUUCUGGUACUACCCGGCAGUCGCAAACCAAUUCAGUGAUAGCGGCGGCACCGGUGCCUCAGUACAAGUGGAUGCAAGUGAAACGAAAUAUACCCAAACCUAACAUAAACAAAGCGCCGGAAUUCAGUUUCAAUGGAGCGCCUCAAUCAGCGGUUGCCGUCUCUAACUGUGCCUCAUCUGCCUCUCUGGCAGCUGGUCUCGCGGCCAACAACACCGGCAGAACCAACUUCACCACCAAACAGCUCACGGAACUCGAGAAGGAGUUCCAUUUCAACAAAUACCUGACUCGCGCCCGAAGAAUCGAGAUCGCCACUGCCCUCCAACUCAAUGAGACCCAGGUCAAGAUAUGGUUUCAAAACCGGCGAAUGAAGCAAAAGAAGCGAAUGAAAGAAGGAUUAAUACCGUCGGACACAUCGACACCUCCGCCAUCAGGAACUACACAAAGCAACUCAUCGGUGACGGCCACACACUCGGACUCAUCCAACGGCGCCUCUCUAUCGCCAACUUCUCCCAAAUUAAGUGAUGGCUCUUCAGCCGCACAGUAAGCUCUCUAAAGCCAACCCUUUUGUGUACUUCUAAUGAUUUGAGUGACAAAAACCG